AUGAAUCAAUCAGGUCUUCCUACUCCACCCCUUACAUCCGCCACGUCAACCACCAGCCCUGCACAGUCAUCAUCGAACGCAGCUGGUCAAUCUGCAAGUGAUGUAUCGUUAGCCUCUAUUGUCGCGACCAUAACUUCGACGUCAAGUCCUUCCCAAUUAAACCAAUAUCUGAGGAGUUGCGCAUCCAAAGAUGUCAGAGAAGUCCUGCUGGCCAGCAUUUUGCCAGGUAGCCAAGAUCCAUUGACUCUGCUAAACGCGCGAGAUCACACGCUUGGUAUGCUUUACAUUUUGUCUGUGCGACUGCAUACUGUCGCGUCUGAUAAGCCUUUGUGGCACCAUAUCGAGAGUUUUUGCCGCGAUUUUAUCCCCGAACAUGCUCGUGUUGCUCCGGAUCGAGUGACACUUCUUGCAACUGGAAUACGACAAUUCUCUGAAGUUGAAGGAAAUCCCAAACUUGCAAUCGCGCCAUUAUCUGAUUUGCUCGCAAAAUAUCCUCCAACCCUUUCGCAUCUCACCACCAUCCACCCUAUUUUCCUGACAAUUUGCGUCGCCACUCGCCACUUCUCAGCCGCGAUCCCCGUCCUGGCUCAUUCGAUCACCACAAUUGAUCUCUCACUUUCCGACUUGACCUACCACGAUAAUUUAGUAUACCACUACGCCGGCGGUAUCGCACUUGCUGCGCUAAAGAGCUGGUCAGCUGCAGAAGAACUCUUUGAGAUCUGCGCAUCAAGUCCAGGCACAGCGGCUUCGGCUAUUCAAAUGGAAGCAUUAAAGAAGUUGGUCCUCGUACAGUUGAUAUACCGCGGAAAGACGUCACCUCCUUCCAAAUACAUGCACCCGAUUCUUAUGCGAUUGUUCAAGGCGACACCUUAUGCAAGUUUUACGAAUGCAUAUCCUCUGCAACGCGACUACCUUCGCACGAUAGUCGAGAACGAGCAGCAGCUAUUCACCAAUGAAAGAACUCUUGGUCUCAUCACUCAGGCACUCGACCGUGCGCCCCGUUGGGCCAUAAAGAAACUCACAACCACCUAUUUGACGUUACACUUAUCCGAUAUCGGACGAGAAGUGGGAAUUUCGGACGAGAAUAAAGUGAAAUCUCUGAUUUUGAGCAUGAUUGAGUGCUCAGAAAUCUCCGCGGAGCUGUCUGCAGAUGGGACUGUGUCGUUCUCGGACCCACCAGUGAAAUUCGAGAAGACUGACGUCGACCGAGUGUUGUCACAGGCACAGCAGCAGGACGCCCUUCUUGUGAGGCUUGAAAAAGAAAUGGAAAGGAACAAAGAAUAUCUGACAAAGGCCGUCAAAAGUAAGGACGACGCAGCUUGGGGGCCAGCAAUGGAUGAAGAUGGUGCAUUUGGAGACCGUCCAUCAGGCAACUGGGCUGAAGAUAUGAGUUUUGCUUGA